GGAUGACCGUUCUCUUAAACCCAACUCUGCGGAUGGCCUUGACACUGACGGACUUGUUGGCCAAAGGUUGUCGAACGACUCCACAGAAUGCGAACACAGAGCUGAACAACGGAGCUCGGGUCUGAGCCAUCAUACUUCGGGAUUAGGGGACCCAUCAGCUAGCAAUCAGUCAAAUGAAGCCAGGUGCACAAAAUGUGCACACACGAGAACCAUUCACCCCAAAAUAUCAACCGUUCAACCGCUUCUCAACAUUUCAGGUAGUCGGUCACAAUCGCAAACAACAGAACAAAGCCACACACUCUCCACGUCAACACAUUCUCGUCAAGGUCAAACUUUCAGCCAAUGUACUCAGGAUGCAACAUCAAACCACGUACCAACCACAACCCCGGGAUCAACAUCCGCAUCUCUACAUGUACAAAGCAACCCUUCAACGACCCUGUCAUCAACUCAGACACUUCAAUCAAUGCCUCAUAAUCGUGUCAGCUCUCCCGCCUACAAUGCUCCAUUGAAUGCUUCGACGACAGACAAUCUCGGUCAUAUUCCAACAAGCGCGUCACUGAAUAUUUCAAACACUGCGGUCAUCCCGAAAUCAUCGCAGCCUUCAGCAGCGUCAGAUGACAGAAAGGUUGGCCCGAACCCAUCCACCACAACAUCCACCACGACAUCCGCCAUGACAUCCGCCACGACAUCCGCCACGACAUUCACCAACCAAAAGAACGGUGCCACGCCCACAUCGUCAGCGCCACACACAACGACCAACGAGAGAAAGAAAGGC